AUGGGGGUUUUGUGGCCGUCUCUAGGACGCUGGACAUCCCGCAGAGACCAGUCUUCCGAAGACUCACUCGAGCCGCUCCGAAACAUCCCCGCCGGCCGCGCCACAACGACUACGGUGUGCUACUCCCAAAAGGACGGUAAACAUCACGCUCCCUCGUCCCACUUCACACCAUACGACGAGACAUCAUCAUCAUCCUCGGCGCCUACCGAUGAAAAUGAAGGACAACCCCCGACCGGUGCGUUCGAGGUCCGGGCCCAGGGCGUCAAGGAGACGGAGGCUCUCCUCGGAGGUGAGUCCUCCCACGCACUUCUCGCGCUGCUUCAGCGACAGAAGGAGGCUGAACGGCGUCUGAGAAGCGAGUGGAAUGAAGCGCAUUCGCACUAUUGGACGAGGGCGAUUUCCUUUGCUUGGAAUCGGUGGCAAGAGAAGACGGCUUCGCAGCAGAAGCAGCAGCGAUGCUACGAUCACGAAAACCACCGACAUCACCACUACCACCAGUCGUGCAAAGAUGCGUAUCCCAAGGAGGAGUGUGAUGAGACGAAAGAGGUGAAUUCUUAUCAACACGAGGAGGACUCACAACUGCUUGACCGGGGCGCACACGGUGCUAAUGCGAGACACAGGUCGGAGACGCAGAGAAAGAGCAUGGCGGGUACAGCCGAGAUGGGGACGGAAAGGGUCCCUCGGCUGCCGUGUCUGUGUUUUUCGGAGUUUGGGAUGGUUUUGGAGGAGGCCGGUGGAAGUAGUGUGCUUAUUGCUAAACACGAGGAGGAUGUGGAAGCGGGAGAGUCCUCGGACGAGAGCCCGACGUCGAAGGAAAAUACCCUGAGUUGCCUAGACGAUGUUCAUGAUGAGAAGGGCUGUGGCCAGGAAUGUCCCGAGCGUCCAACGAGAGGCGGAUUGGACAUGUACCGGCCUACGGCCGAUGAGUUUGAAGGCUGGCAGAUGGACGAGGAGCUUGAAGCUCCCCACGGGAUGAGCUACGGCAUCCCUCGUCCUGCUACUGGCCUGGGCUGGUACGACGACGAGCUAUCGACAACACCCACCGUUGACCACUUCGACUCGCAGUUGAACAAGCACUUCUCGGGCAGAUCAACGGACACUAUUGCAUUGGAACCACGGCACUUGCCUGUACGAAAGGAUUCGCUACAAAACAGUCCCCUUGCCAGCAGCUUCUCUCAAGCGUCGUCUUUGGUCGAGGUAGGAGACACUACAGUAAUAGGAGAUCGCAACUCCAGCGAGCCGACCCCGUCUAUGGGUACCGUCAUCGACAACACGAAUAACUUCCUCCAAUCCGAUACAGAAGACGACGACUGGCUGGGACCAAAACCAGUGGAAUGGGGUUCGGUUCUAUACGACAACGUCGAAUGCUCCUGCAACCCCCUCCUAGACGACCGAGAAGCUGUCUCCCCUACAUCAUCUAGAUUCUCCCCAAUCUCGAGCGAAGAAGAGGAGAUCGACGAUCUGUUCGACAUAUACGCAACCUCCUCCGACCGAGAUCCCCUCGCCUCCACCGCUUCUGUCCAAGAAAGCGACCUGCCUCCUUACCCGCCCUACCACCCUUCCGCCCUCGCCCCUCUCCUCGCAAUCGCCCGCGGCCUCUCCCUCCCACCCACAACCUCCUUCCCCGACAUCCAGGAACACCUCGCCCGCAACGCAAACAUCCUCCGAUACCUCGUCCUCCACUGCAUCCCCUCUCCCUCCACCAACCCCAUCGAGCACGCUACCGACCUCGUCGAGCCGAUCCUGCCCCCUCCUCUCUCGCCCCACCCCUCCUUCGCCCAGAACUACCCUCAACACCCGCGACGGCGUGAGUACACCUGCCUCCUGCAGGCGAUCCGCUCCGUGCGCUGGUCUGCCGACGCCAUCAACGACAUGCUUGCCGUCAUCGACUUCAACCCUCCGCCGCCGGGCCGCGGACGCCCCUCGACGGCGCUGCCCAUGUUCCGCAAGCUCCGCGCCGCGGACGCGCAGAGGAAGGGGUGCCUUACGUCCGCGCAGCUGCAUACGCUGCACUGUCACGGGGUGUCGCUGCUGGACGUGCUGCAGAUGAACGAUAUCUCCAAGGUUGUCAGCUGCGGGCUGGGCGGACGGCUCGUGGAGGCGGCGGAGAGCGGGGCCUUGGGGAUCGCGAGGGAGUGUAACCUGCUCGACGAAGAAGGGGCUUUAUUGGAGUUGCUGGCUGAUCCAGAUGAUUCAAAGAGCCCUGGGAGUGACAAGAGGUGGGCGGUUGGACAAGGGAGCAGGUUGAGGAACUGCGUGGAUAUCGACGAGAACGAAGGGGAGGAGGCUGAUGAUGAGAGCGAAGGAUACGACGAGAAGUCGUUUGUGGAGUCAUUUGUCCAAGAUGGGGAUGGCGGACACGGAGUCGACGACAUGCCGUACACCGUGAGCCCGCUAUCUCCCGAUGCGACCCCGGGCGAACACAGCUGGGACCAGCAGGAGAUAUCCCCCUUGACGACGUCCUACCGCAUCCAGGCGCCGGAGACUCUCUUUCAUGAGGUCCGGACCUUGUCAUCUACACAACAGUGCCAGACCGAUGAGACGACUCCUGACCAGGGACGCAUUUCGCUCAAGAGAACACAUAGAUUACGAACAUGCGGAGACAGAAGAGGCGUUCUAGUCGACGAGGAGACUGCCAAGAGUCCCGAGAUGCGGCACUUCUUCCACGAGAUAGGGGCGGCACCGGUGAUCAUCGAUUCGGACGUGUCCGAGGACCUAGCAGUGCAGGAGCUCAUAGGGAAGGACGGGUUCGGCAGCAAGGACUCCCAGAAUGCUCCAGGGAACAGGACGAGUUGGGGCGUAGACCUCGGCGGUAUGCUGACUGAGUAG